AUGUUCAAGCGAGGCUUACGAUACGCUGCUUUAUUCUCAUUAUCGGCAACGGCUUCUUUCUUGUAUAGUUCGGUGAAAGAUGCCGACUCACCCAUGUAUCCACAUGUGUUUAUGCCUAUUUUACAACGAUUGGAUGCAGAGGAUGCUCAUAAUUUGUCGAAAUUGAUGUUGAAAUGGGGACUCGGACCUGUUGAUAAAACCUUGUUGAAGAAGAACGUGAAUAGCUUAACACCACCUCCGAUGGUUAAUUUAAAUACACAAGUAUUGGGUCAAUAUUUUGAAAAUCCAAUUGGUUUAGCAGCAGGAUUUGACAAGGAUUCGGAAUGUAUGGAAGCCAUUGAAAAUUUAGGAUUUGGAUUUAUGGAAGUUGGAAGUGUUUGUCCAAAACCUCAAGAAGGAAAUCCAAAGCCCAGAAUUUUCAGAGUCAAGUCUAAAGUGUCCGAUGUGGAUGAGCAAGUUUUUGAUACGAUCAUUAAUCGAUGUGGAUUUAAUAGUAAAGGAAUUGAAGUCACCGAAGAGCAUUUGAAAGCGUACAGAGAAAAACGAAAGAAUACAAAUUCUUCGUUUCAUGUGGGUGUGAAUUUGGGAAAAAACAAAACAUCACCACCAGAGAGCAUUGAAGAUUAUUUGACAGGAGUUAAGAGAUUGGCCAAAUAUGCUGAUUUUAUGGUCAUUAAUGUGAGCUCUCCCAACACUCAGCAUUUAAGAUCGCUACAAGAGAAGGAUUCUCUUGACGGAUUAUUGGAACAAGUUUCGGUUGAGCUCAGAAAAGAAUCAUCACGCCGAAUUCCACUUCUUGUGAAAAUUGCACCUGACUUGACAUUGGACCAACAACGAGAUAUUGCCAAUCUUGUUUUGAAACACAAAAUUGAUGGAAUUAUUGUUUCAAACACGACCGUGGAGAGGCCAUUUGUGUCACAGUCCCAAUUAGAUUCCAUUCCAAAUUCAAAUAUGGGAGGCUUGAGUGGACGGCCUCUCUUUCCCAAAUCUACAAAGGUCCUGCGAAACAUGUAUAAACUCACAGAUGGAAAGGUCACACUGAUUGGAGUUGGUGGCGUUUGGGAUGGUUAUGAUGCUCUGCAAAAGAUCGAAGCUGGAGCUUCAUUGGUUCAAGUGUAUACUGCUUUCACAGCUCAAGGUCCGCAAGUAGUUGGACGGAUUAAGAGAGAGCUAUCACAACUCCUUAAAGAAAGAGGUUAUAAGGGUGUUUCUGAUGCUGUUGGAGCAAAGGCUAAAUUUGCCAAGUUGGAAGAGUAG